GUGGGUAUCUCCCCUUCCCAGUUCUAGGUUCGAAUCCCCGCUUUGGGAUGACCAGGUGUUCUAAAACAGCUACACAGGUGCUCGUGGAAACUGCAAAGUGUCUCUUGCAUCUGUAAUAAUUUUGUGUAAUAGUUUAGACUGUGUACGUUGAGUUGUUAAGGCAUUGGUACACAGCCAGAUGCUGUAACAUGGGAGGGCAUGUCUUGUCAUCUCGUGCCAAGUGUGUCUUAAUUUGUGUUUUGUGCCCACGAGGGUUUGGAUGAGGAGUGAGGAAACGUGUGCCUCACAUGUAUGUGCGAGUGGUGUAGUGCCUCGUGGAGUGUGCAGGACUGUGCAUUUAUGCGUGUGGGGUUUUAGAAAGCAUGGAUGGAGAUAGUGGUCCUAAUGAGCCAGGACCAAGCAGGAACAUAGCAGGUGGACCUCACUUCAUGUCAGAACGCAUGGACCUUGUUCCUCCAUCCAGGCCAAGAGAUGAGGAUGAUGAUUCUGAAUAUGGUGUACGUAGGAGCAUCAGCUGUGAACAGCUAGCAGAUUGGAAUGCACAGUUGUAUGAGAAAAGUUAUGUGAAAUGUCCACUGCCCAAUUGUGGUAUAAUGUUCCAUGGAGCAACACAAAUUCAGAAUCACUAUGUCAACUGCACAGGAAGAUGUGAAGAUGCCAUCAUUGAGUGCAACCACUGCCAAGCCAUUGUGACAACAGACCAAAUUCAGCAGCACUUGAAGAUAAUGCACCGUUUAGACCAGUCACCACAGCCAAGCAGUGACUCUGGUAGCAGUGAGGUCGCCAGAGCAACAGGAAUCAUGGAGAGAGAGUGCAGACCAGGCCAAAAGAGUGGAGGAUCAUCUGUUGUAGUGAGUCUCUCCUCUCUUCAGGAUCACCACCAUCACUGCCACCACCAACCUGCCAUUUUCCUUCAUCCUGGUGCUGAAGAGGAGGAAGGAAGAGACUUUCAAAUGUCUGAAACUUGUGUUGAAACCAAAGAUCAUCAUUCAUUUAAGUUUGUUAAUCAAGACCAAAUGGAAAGGCAGUGGGUUCACGAGCUCAGUGUAUCAGGAUGUGCCACCUGCCCAAUGGAAGGAUGCCAUCUUACCUUCCCAUCCAUGUCUGGCAUCAUACAGCACUUUCAGCAUUGUCUGGGAAAGUCACAGGAGGCUUUUAUUUGUGAGCUGUGUAGUAAAAGGUUUGCAACAGGCAGGAUGCUGAAUGACCAUAUGAUGCACAUUCAUGGUGACGAUAGGGUAAAUAUUCGUGUUCGUAACCUAGAUGCAAGUGUACCUGAUUAUAACAUGAGGAGAAGGGUAGUGGAGGGAGAGGAUUCUGAGAGAAGAAGAUCUGGAAAUGGUCAUGUUUUCAAUCCAUUGUCUGUAGAGGAGGAAGUAGGUUUGAAAUCAACAAAUGAACGCCACUGGAAGCAGAGAGAUUACAUUUUGGUUUCUUCUGCACAUGAAUCAGAAUCAUCCUUAAAUGAUUGUUACUUACCUCAGCAUCAGACUUCCCAGUCUGUCUAUAAUGUGCCAAAGAAUCAUACUCACCAUAGAGAUAUAUCUGGAACGGGUCCAAGUACAUAUAAUAUAGCCUCAUCCAGAAAAACUCAUCAUUCAGUUCCUAAACCACAUAGAUUGAUUGAUUAUGAAAAAAAUAGAAUACCGGACACAGCACAUAGAUAUGAACCUCCUUCAGCAUUUCAUAGGGUAAAAGACAGAAAUCCAGGGGAACCAAGAAUACUUAAAGUUUAUGAUAUAGAUUCUCAGUCUUCGAUAAGGAUAUCUGGUUACCCAGAAACAGGAGUUUUAUAUGGUGAGAAAGAAGAUCUCAGAGAACCUAUAUCUUCAGAGGACCCCUUCUUCAGACCAACACAUAAUCAACCAAUGAGAUCAUUUGUAAGGAAAGUUGGUACUAGGUCACCUGUAUAUCCUAGUACAUCAGGAGUUAAAAGAAAAUAUUCUGAGGAACAUUGUGGGAAUGUUUAUGAAACAACAAAGAGUAGGAAGUACGUACCAACAGUUUCCUAUACUGCUGGUUACACAAGUGAUGAAAGUGAGGAAGAUGGCAGGCUUCAUCCAAAGUAUGAAAGAAGAGUCCGGCAUUCACCAGUCAUGUUUUCCUACCCAAGGCCUGUUGUGAAAACUGAAGUGUAUUCAUCUGGUGGCAGACCAGUUCGCAGAGACCAGUCUUAUAAUGCUAACUUUGUGCAUAAUAUGAAGACACCAUAUAUUGGUUUUUCAAAGAAAGAGAGUACUCCAACAUUUGAGAGACCAUUGAUUCCUGAUGAAUCCAGUUAUGGUAAUACUAAGUGUUGUAUGUGGGAGGAGGAUGAAAAUGAAAUGUUUGCAGCUCCUGUUCACAUGAAAAAGCGAGAAUUAGCAGAGAGAGCUCAGCAACUCCGGCGGGCAGAAGAGGCUGUUAAGCAGCAAGAAGAGGAAGCACAACAAAGAACGUGGCGUGCACUACGGGAGCAAGAGUUGGCUUUGAAAGAGAAGGAAGAAGCCUUGAAACAAAGAGAAGUUGCAGCCCAGAAGAAAUUUGAAGAGGCCACAAGAAUGAUGGAAGAGACUCGUAAGCUUGGUGACUCAAAGAAAUUUAAAGAGGACAAAAAUUUUGCCGGUGGACGUCCAAGUCUAUUGCUUUCUGUGAACAAAAGAAGCAAUUCUGCUAGUUCACAUCACAGUAAUGAGGAAUCAGGAAGCAAAAUUUACCUAAAUACUGUUUCAGGACCUGCAGAUGUCACAAAACGUGCAGAUAGUUCAUUGGAACUCCAAGACAGACCCCAAGUUGAAUGUAGUGAUAGUGAGAGUGUGGGCAUACUCAGAGUAUAUCGCCCAGAAUCAUUUGAUCAUGAAUUAGGUAAUUCAUCUAUAAGUGAUAUUACUUUUCCCAGGUUAAGUGAAAGCUCAGCUGAUAAAUCUGUACUGAAUAUUAAAACUUUGUCUGUUGAAGAUGAAAAUGGAUUGUCAAAGUCUCACAAAAUGAGAUCGUUAUCUCCUACUUGCACAAAAUCAUCUUCAACUUUAUUAGUGUGUGGUAAUAAGAAACUUGCAUAUCCAUGGCAAACAAGUGAGGUUAUACCUAGCAUUGAACCAUCAAAAGUAUUGAGAACCUACUCACGUAUACAGAGACGCCGCACUCUGACAGAUUCUUUUCCUCAGACUAGUUCUAAUGCUCCUCUGCGUGCACAAAGUUUGACCCCAAACAGUAAGAUAUUUGUGUGUGGUACAUCAUUUAAAGGCCAAAAGGAGGAUAAUGGUGAAACAGUCAUUAAUGGUGGAGCCACAGUAACAAUUACUCCCUUGAUGCCAUCAGAAAGGCCAAGAAGACCUUAUAGUGCCAUGCCAAAUAUGCAACCCUCCGGACAUACAGACUGUUCAGAGUCACCUACUUUUCUUAGGUCUCGUCCUACAUCUGCCCUUGAAAAUAGAAUUGAUAUCCCAGUAUCCAUUACAGUUACCAAGGACGAUAAGGAGAUAUCAGUAGAUUCACCAAUCAAUCUUCACUUGGAUAAUGUAAAAAUACCUUUUCGUGAUUUAAAAGUCGUGUCUGCUGAUUCUAAUCUAGUUGAAAAUGAAAAAAGUAAGGUCAAAAACAUACUUGUACAUGAAGUUGACAAAGCAAGAGAGACAGUUGCAAGAAAGGGAAGUAAUGAAACCUGUAUCACACUUGAAAAGGGAGAACCAUGUUCCCGAGGGAGAAAAGGAAGAAAGUUGUCGAUGAUAUCACUUGCUGGUGUGUCAAUUCCAGGUCAGAUACCCACUGAAAGGACAUGGAAAACAGGCAUUAAAUGUCAUGGAAAUUGGACUUCCUCUCCCUCUUUACAGAUAUUCAAAGCUAAAUCAUUAAAUUUUGAUAGUUCAAAUGAUAGUGCAAGAAUCUGUAAGUCCAGUGAAGAGUUUGAUGGUAAUAUGAAGAUUUCUGGACAAUAUUCAAACACAUGUUUGGAUCUGUCUAUUGCCAAAAGCAGCACUCAUACAAAAAUUCAAGAUGCAAAACCAGUAUUAGCAACACAGAAUGUUGCAUUUGUUAAAGACCAAAAUUCUCCUCACUCAGCAAAGCAGCUUCUUGUACCAUAUUACCAGGAUGAUUUAACUUCAAAACAAGAUAAGCUUGAUACACAACCAGUAGUUUCUUCCUCGCAUUCACUAAUGGAUUUAUCUUUGGUUAGUAAUCCAGCUUCACAAACUCCCCCUUUCACAGUGGAAUCCCACAAUGCAAUGCCAGAGGCAGAAUUACCUAACUCAAAUACCCAAGAACCUGUGCAGUGUGUCCAGGCACUUAAUACAGCACACGAAGAAUCCUGUAACUCUAAUAGGGAAUCAGUAGUUUCUCCUUGCACUCACUCAUCUAUGUCUUUGGAAGGUUCUUAUUCACCCCAUGGGACACCUGCAAAAGAGGAUGUGGUAUUGUAUUCACAAGAUAAAUUUUGCGAAGAACAAACUAGACCAGCCUUUGUUGACCAUAUUGCAGAUGAACAAUCUGGCCCAAUUCACAGUACAAUACCAGUUCAAGAAGAACCAACAUCAAAUGAAAUAGAAGUGUCUGUGCAAGAAGAGCCUUCAUCAAUACAGAAUUCCAACCUAGACACGGCCACAAAUGACUCCCUGCAUUCUCAGAAUGCUACUCCAAGUUCAGAAAAUGUUGAUCAGAGAAUUAAUGAAAGCUCAUUGGUUACUUGUUCACCAUGCCAAAAUCAGAAUGAAGAUCAAACGUCUCCUAUUUCAAAGCAAGAGCCACAUGUUGCAGAUGAAACUCAGCCAACAUCACAUAUAACAGGUGAUAAUGAUGCAGAAGGGCAAGGUGUAGCAGAAAUUGACACUGACCAACUGAUGCCGGUCCACGAUAAAGAUGCAGGUAGUGAAGAAUAUAUCAAUGGUGAUGAUGAGCAAGAACCAGAAGUCCAGACACCACCAGAAAUUAGCCAGGAGUCACAGAACAUGGGCCAAGAAGUGGAACAAACUUGUCAGGAACAAGAAAUGUCAGACAAAGAGUGGUUGGUACAGGAUCAGAAAUGGCACUUACAAAACAGAGAUCACCCUAGAAGUGAUGAACAUUCCGUACAAGAAAUGCAAAAUUUUGCUCAUUUACAAGAAUUAUGCUCAAGUUUACCACCUGCAUCAAACACAGGUAUAGAAGGUGAGGAGAACUCUCAAAUUACUAGUAAGGAAGUCACAAAUACCUAUGUAACAGAAGAACAAGGGCAUCAGCAACAAGAACAGGAUAUAAAUGAAUCACAUAUUAAAAGAGAAGGCACAAAUGUUAAUUUUAAUGUCACUGUAACUGAAAGUACCUCACACAUUAUAGGUGAGUUUGACCCUUCUACAGGGACUUUCAUUAGCAGUAAUCCUGUCUUGCUAAAAUCCAUCUUGGGCAACACUGUGACUUACCCCUUAACAUCAGUACCUGAGGGAACUUUUUCUCCUGAAUUUACCAGCCAAAUUACUCAGCAGUUACCUGUGAUUAACCAGGUCAAGCAAGUGAGUGUACAGAGUCAGACAGAAGAAGUGCAGGAGCAAGGGAAAUAUACUCAUGAUCAGUGUUAUGAUAUGGAAAGACAGACACAUUCAAAUUUUGAAACAAAUAUUGAAUCAUCAGAGCUUGAAGAAAAGCAGUCCUACAUCAGUCAGGCUUAUGUAGACAAUUAUGAGAAUCAAGAUGUAUGUCAAGGUGAUGUGGUCGUAAACCAAAGUGUUGAACAGCUGAACACCAGUUUUCAUUAUAAAAUGGAAGAUAGCCUUGCUGAAACUAAAAAUGGAUCUUUAGUUGAAAAACAUGGUAAUGUGGAUAUGGGCAUUGCUGAAGCUGAAGAUGAGGAGGAUGUUGGUAAUGAUGCAGAUAAUGUUGUAGAAGAUAUGGAGGUUGCAAAUUGUGAUGAAAGCACUGAUGUAGGCAUAAACUUUGAUCCAAGUGAUUGCAUGACCUCUGAAAUGAAAGAUAGUCACUCUGAAAUGAAAGAUAAUCACUGUUCAACCAGUGUAGAUACCCAAAAUGAUUAUAUAGAGAUGCCUGAUAACAUUUCAGAUGCAGAAGGGAGAAAUCCUGAUAGUACCAUUCUAUAUCCUCCUAUUUAUGUGAGUCUUGGUAUAUCAGAAGAUAAUGCUGGAAAUAUGUGUGAUAAAAUCAAAGGAGAAAUCCUUGGUGAAGUAAGAGAUGAACAGGCUGAAAUAGGAGGAACUGAAGUCAAUUGUACUACCAUUUUAUCUCCUCCAGAUAAAAGUGAUAGUAACUGCAGAGCAAAAGGAUAUGAAAUGGUAAAUUGCAAAAUUCAAAAGCCUUGCACCACAGAAGCAGAGAAUAAUGUAUACACCAGUGAAAGACAAGAGAUAUGUACUGAAAUGAAUGAAGAUUGUGACAUUAGUUUUAAUGUUCAAGAUGAGUCCAACAAGGAAGGUCAGACUAGGAAUCAAGAGUUAGGUGUAUCUCAAGAAAAUGUUUUAGAAAGACAAAACAGAGGGAGGGGAAGGGGAAGAAGUCGUCGCAGAGGAUACAGAAGAGGACAUGCAAGGUCAAGAUCAAGAGGAAGAAGUAGAGGAAGGAUAAAACAGAGUAGAUCUGGAGUAUCAGUUUGUGCCUUUGAGGAAUAUAGUAACACCAUAGAGGAAUUAGACCAACAUACAGCAUACACAAAUUAUUCCAAAAUAGAUGGUUUGGAGAAUGUGUUUGAUAAACAAAGUAAUAAUGGUGAAACAGCUUUUAUAGAUAUGGGAAGUACAGCUAGUAUAGAAAUAAAUUAUAAAACACAUGAAUUACCCAAAAAUGGAGCUGAUAAUGACAGGAAGAAACAGGAGGCCAUUCUGAAUCAGAAUGUUGGUAAAUGUGUAACUGACCAAGAUCAUUCAUCUACUAUGUCUUUAAAGCAUAAUAGAGAAAGUAAUUUAUGUAACAUGAAGUCCCCUGACUGUGUAGAGAACAGCACAUGCAAAACAUCUAUAGGGAGUGAGGUUUUGAAAGUUGAAGAGGAGAGGAUUGAACAUGUAUCUCGUGGAGGGCGUAAACUAAAACUGAAAGACUGGUGGACAGGUGUUGUAACAGACUCGUUGGCUCCAAGAAACAGAACAAGUAGUGUGUCAAAAUCACCAAGAAGUUCCUCGGGGAAGUCGCCAAUACGAUCUCCGCCUCACAGUUCAGCUCCAAGACAACUUUUGUUUGUGAAGGAGGAGAGAAGGACAAGCACUUGUCAAGAAGAGUGCCAGGAGAAUGAUAAUUCAGACAUUAAUGUCAGUCAAAUAGGUAGUACCUUAACAUCAGAUACAGAAUUACAGGAUAUAACAGCUUCAUCUAUGUCUGUGGUAAGAAAAAGAGAAACAACUCUAAAUCAUGAAGUGAAUAUAAACCCAAAGAAAAAGGGCCGAUCAAGUAAGACUGAAAGUCAGUCAUUACCAGUUGAAGAAAUUGAAAUUAAAUGUGGAAAAUGUGAUGUCAUUUGCAACUCCAGGGCCCAUUUCAAUCUUCACAUUCAGCUUGAGCAUAAUGGCCUUGCAAGACCUGAUGGAGAGGAUCAGACUUUCACUGAAAUUGAGGUAAAGGAAAUAUUAAAGAAAACUAUAAAAAAUAUGAAAAAACUAAAGUGUGAAGUCUGCAGCAAUUUCUUUAGAUCAUUACUUGGUUAUAGGAGACAUUCUGAAGCUUGUGGGAAAUCUGAUGAAGAGGUGAAUAUCAAAUGUACAAUCUGUAAUAAAGAACUGCGUUACUACUGUAUGCCUGCGCACAUGAGAACUGUUCAUGCAGCUAAAAAGGUAGAUCCAAAGAAAGUUGAAAAGAAAACUGAGGAGAUAGUAAGCACUGCUUCUCGGCCUAGACGGAGGGCAGCAGCGAAUUGCAAUGAAAGGCUUAAAGUUUGGAGAUCAAAUAGAACUGGGGAAAGUGGCAGUGAAAAUUCUGAUGCUGAAGAAGACUUUAAUAUUGAGCUGGAGGCAGACAAGUUUUAUUCAAAGCCUGAAUUUGCAGAUAUUCCUGAAGAGGUUGUAUUGAAGUGGGAAUCUCAGCUUAGUACUGGUGUAGACGGAUGUUGUAGCAAUGAAGGAUGCACUUUCAUUUUUUCAAGUGUUCCACAAGCAAAGUCACACUUCAAUGUAUGUCUAUAUUCAGCAGCCAAACAGAUGUUUACGUGCAAGAACUGUGAGUACACUUCCCAAACUGAAAGAGAGAUGGUUAGUCAUGUUACAACCAUUCAUUUAGAUCUUACAGGAGGUGCAGAAGAGGAGAGUGAUUAUGACCUUUCUGAUGACGAUUGUGAGGAGUCAUAUAGACAGACCAGAAGUUAUGGUAGAAUGAAUCAAGGCCAGCUUAAGCCUUUUGAACCAGCAAUGAGAUGGACUUUUGAGUUUUUGAAGGAUUCCAUAUCAGAGGAUAACCUUUUCUUGGAAUACUUCACAACAAAGGACAAAUGGAUCAUGUUAGACGAGGAGCAGUAUCUGAAAUUUUUACCAUCUGUGAAACAAAGUCCAAGGUUCAAGGUAAAACAGGCAGGUAAAACAAACAAUAUAACAGGAGACUGGACCAAUAUACAGCAGUUUACUGGCCAGUCUGUAGGGGGAACAGAUGUGAUUUUUUGUGGUGGGCCAGUCAUAUCUUCUUGCUGGUGUCCACAGCCUCAAAAUGUUUCUCUUGGUAUGAGUCCACAAUAUCUGGCAUUGUCAACGCUGAAAUCUCCAGAGAAGGAAUAUCCAAUACUGAAGUCUACAUUACAUGAAGGUCUUAUUCAGAUUUGGGAAUGCACAUCUGAAGGGAAAGAAAGCGGUAAACAUUUGAAGUUUGUGUUUGGCAUUGCACAUGAAUUUGGAAAUGUUUGGUCACUAGCUUGGUGCCCAUCUGGAGCAUAUGAACAUCUGGAAGGGGAUCUAGCCUCUAGUCAACUUAAGAGGCUAGGGCUCUUGGCUGCAGCAUUUUCAGAUGGCUUUAUUCGCAUUUAUGUGAUUCCACACCCUAGUGACUUGGAUUUGCAUGAGGAAUCAAAGAUAUUUCAGUUGCAGCCUAAGGUUACCCUAAGUCCAGGAAAAAUGUACAAAGAUGAGGCUCAGUGCCUUCAUUUAGAUUGGUAUCAAGGAAAAGGUCAUGCAGACAUUGCUGGGGCAUUGUCUGAUGGUGUUGUCUGUGUAUGGGAUAUCAGGUGCAAAUCCCCCCUAUUGUAUUCUAAAGAUGUGCAUGAUAAUUUUACAAUAUACCCCAGAAAUUCUUUCCAGGCUCACAAUGGAGUUUGCUCUGUAGUAGCUUUUUGCAAUACAACUGGAGGCAGGAAUCUAGUGACUGGCGGUAAUGAUCGAACAUAUAAAUUUUGGGAUCUGGAAAACACAGAUAUGCCUCUUUGUAUUAAUCGCCGAGGGCUAGUUUUAGAUGCAGUUUGGUUAGCACAUUGGGCAGGCUGUUUUGUGUCAUUUGAUGAUGUCUAUGGUUUGUCAAACACUAGCACAAGUUUCCGCGAGUGUGGUUUUUUCGGGAUUCAGUCUCGUAAUGUUUUAUCUUCCAAUGCACCAGUCUGGUCUCUUUCUGGUUCUGAGUGGUUGAAUGCAGUUGUGCAAGGGGACUCUGCUGGUGAAGUGGUAAUAACUAUACAACAGCAGCUAUUCAGGAAUUAUGAGAAUGAUAAAUUUCCAUCAAAAAGAAAAGUUCCCUUGCUUUCAGUUAGAUUAGAAGACCUAGACCAAGGCUCACAAGUCUCUUUUAAACCUCAAGAACCUAAGCCAAAGGCUGCUGAAAAGCCAAACCCAAAAAUGAACAAGAAAUCCAAGAAAUCUCGCCCCACCAAGGACACAGAUGAUGAAUUUGAUGAUGAUGAUGGUGAUGAACUCUGCCCAGCUGCAUAUAUUGAAUGGCCCCAUAGUUAUAUGGAAACUUGUGAGAAAUAUGGCAUAGUUUUUACUGAUCAAAAUACUCAGGAUUUCUCAAAAAUUCCUGCUUCAGAGAUGGCUGAGAGGAAGCGAUCUAAUAGUAUGGAACCAGGACCUGUUGCUUGCUAUCCACUAAUGGCAGCCACUUCAGUUGCAUGGAAUAAUAAUUUGGGAGCCCACACUUGGAUUUUUGUUGGCACACAGUCUGGACUUUGUAAAGUUAUUCAAGUGUCAGCCCUUAACACAUCAGAGGGCGAAAAGGUCAUUAAAAAAUAUAGUAAAUCAUAGGGAAAAUAGUGGCUAAUCUUUUAUGUUGUCUAGUACAUACUUUGCAGGCAAAGUCAUUAAUUUAUGUACUUUAUUAUUAAUAUCAUGUAGUACGUGAGAAAGAAGUGUCUGUAAUGCAUGGGUGUGGAAGAAAGUAUUUAUUUGAAGUUAUUUUCAAAACUAUAGCUAUAGUAUUUGUUAUAUCUAUAAUUUAAAGAGUCAAUAUUUAUAUUCUAAGACCAAUAGAGGUAGUGUAAAGUAUGUGAACAUAAUUAUUUUGUUCAUAGUGAAGGAUACCAUUAUGAAACUACAUAUCUGUGCAAAGUUGUUUGCAGUCUCUCAAUUCCUGCAUUUUUUCUGCUGGAAUGUAUGUUAAAAUUAAGCUUAAAGGUUUUUCUGUUUUCUCUGUCUAUGGGUAAUUCACUCCUAUAGUGCAUGUAAACAUUCUUGACAGAUGUGUGUUAGUCUCUAGAAAUAUGGUGGUAUGAUUGCAACACUUACAUUUUCAUAAAAUACUCAAACAUUUCUUUCUGAGUGGUAAUCAUCUUGUGUAGACUUUAUUUCAACAUGACCAGACUAUGCUCAAUUUUAUGAAGGAGUAAUUGAAUGAUCAAGAACUCUUUUCUUCUGUUGCUCUGUUUCUGUCUUUAAAUAUCACUGUUUUUUCUGUAGCCUGAUAAGUACAAUUGUUAUAACAAGAAGUGGCAAUUUGAAAACCAAGCUAUAGAGAAAGGCAUGUUGAUUUAAGAUAUAAAUUGUUAGUUUACCAUUUUUAGUUUUGAAGCUGAUUAGACAUUCCCAAAGACAGUGAUCUGCAUAGCCCAAAACUGCUGUUUUUAGGCAGUUCCUUAGUCUUGUAGUAUCAGCUGUAAGUACACACUAUGCUGGGAUAAAAAUGGUAGUAAAAGAAACAAACUAUGUUUGAUUUGCAAAGUUUUCUUUUUAUAUUUACUUUUAGACCGAAUUAUUCAUUAUAUGAUUUUUGCCUGCAGAGGCUGGAAUUAUAAUGAAAAAUGGUGUAAGGAGGAAUGGAAUAUUUUAUUAGUAUGAGAAGCUCUUAUGUUAAAAGAAUGCAUUCUUUUACCAAUGCAAAUAGACUCACUGCCUUAAAACAGUUGUGCCUAGUGUAGAUAUAUAAGUAGGGGUAGUAUGUAUGAAAACAUCUUCACAGAUACAGUUUAUACAUUAUGGCAAUACUAUAAAGAAUUAGGCAUGAUGUAAUAUUUUUAGUGUACUGCAGUUUUUUUUUUUUUUUUUUUUUUUUUUUCAAAGUUGUAUUUUUGUAACUUAUAAAAGAUUUAUUUCCAGUCUUCUAAAACAUUUUUUGGUAUGGCAUUGAACAAAGUAUGAAAACCUAUUUCUUUUAACUAUUCCAUUGAUUUUAUCAAAGUAUAUAAUACUUUUGGUUUCUGUAAAUAAGGAUUACACUGGUUACUGCUUUUCCAAGUAUUGUCACUUUGUACACUAUUUAACACAUUAUUCAUAAAUAAUCAUUAAAGCACUUAUGUUUUGUUAAUAUUGGAGAGAAAACUUUGCCAUGUGAUAUCCAGCUAGUCAGGUUGAGCAUUGCCAACACAAGUAAUUUUGUUUUCUUUUGAUCUGUUUAUCAUUAUUUUUUAGUUAGAUACAGUUUUUAGCUAUUUUAGCAGAGUAAGGUAUGUAAUAGUUUAAAGCACAGUCUUUACAAUAACAUGAAAAAAUAUUAUGAGAAAGCUGUUAGUAAUAUUUUAGAUCUGUUUGUAUGCUGUCUUAUUAUUCGUAGCUUGAUUUUUAUCAAAGUAGAAAUGGAACUUACAGUAUUACCUAGGAUUUCCAAAGGAUCCUAAAAAAAUACUUGUAUGUCCCAUUUGCCUACUGUUACAUUAAAUUUAGUAACAUUGUAAGAAAACUUUGGUGACUUUGUGAUAUAUAUCAGCUUACAUGGUAGCAGUUAAAAAAAUAGAAAUUGAUUUUAGAUUUGGUAAUUGGUAAAUAGAUUACCUUAUUAGCUGCAGAUUUUAAAAAGUUUGACUGCUGUAGAAGUCUGGUAUGCUGGGAAGUAACUUUUUAUAGACAUGUUUAUAUAGAAAUAUACUUUUUAUUUAACAGGGAAAAAAAAUAAAUUAUGCCAGUAUCUUGCUUUGUGAAUCCUAAGUAGAUGAUAUUCUUUAAUGUUGAUCUAAACUUUUUUUGAGUGGGGGUAAUCAUGAUAUUUGUAAAUAUGUGUCAGUCAACACAAGUUAAAUUUCUAUCCUUGUGCCUUAAGGAUUUAAAUGUUUUUUUUAGUGUAAUUUUAAUCUAUGUAUACUGGUUAAAGAAGAUACUGACCAUGCAUUUUGGCCUCCUGUUUAAGACCACUAAUUUCACAUGGGAAUAGUUUUCAGUAUGUAUUGCAGUUAGGAUCAUACAAAUAUACUGAUGCUUAAGUACUAUAUAAAUAUAUAUACAUACAGCAAUUUGUGAUAACAGAAAACAUAUAUCUUAUAAAGCAUGUUUUAUAAAGUUUUAUAUGUUGUAGUCUUCCUGUCCUUUCAGGUUUUCUCAACACACUGUUUUCAUAGUGCAAUAUUGUCUUGUGGAGCUAUAGAUUUUGUACUAUAUUCGUGAAUGAGUGUGUAAUGAAUGGCUAUUUAUUUUUGUUUUGUUGUAAAAAAAAAAGUUUCAUUUUAGGUAUCCCACCAAUGUAGCUUCUGAGUGUAGUAAAUUAUUAUUAUUAUUGUUAUUUAUAUCUUGCUUGAUACUUUAGUAGCUUAAGAAAGCUUGACAGGAAACAUGUUUUGCAGUUUCCACUUGUCAUUACUAAAGCAAUGUGAAUAUUUUCUAGUGAUAUAGUUUCAAUACAUGUUCUGGCAUUAUUCUUUGGAACUUUAAUUAUAUGUAAUGCUUAUGCUUUCCUGAAGUUUAUUUUUUUAUCCAUAAGUAUAAUGUGAAAUAUAUGACUUUUCUAAGCUAUUCCUGUAAAAUUAAUAAAGAGGAAUAUUAUUGUUCUGAAGGCAAUACGCUUUGGGAUUAUCAUGAUUUAUUUAUAUAACUGAUUUAACAUGGUCUCUGUUGUUCUGAUUAUGGUACAAGUCUUGUUGUAUGCCAGCAAUAAAUACAAAAAAAAUAA